AUGCUUUCUUCGCACCUCCCCCUCUCGUUGUUAUUGUUGUUCCUUUCCCUCUCCUCCACCUCUGUCAUCAAUGCAGCCACCGUUUUCUCCUCGUCUCUGAAGACGUGUCAGAGUCAAUGCGAAGAACGAAACUUGGUGAGUCGGUUCGAUUGGAGCGCAUUUUCAUGUCCGGGAAACGAUUGCAGGCGUAUCCGCUGGAUCCGGGGGAGACGCACUGGACGAGCCUCGCACAAUACAACUACUCGAGCCGGAUAUUAUCAGUGAGACUUUGAAUGGUUGUGUGAGUUGAACCGCAGAGUGUUUAGUGUAGACACGGAUGCGAAGACGUGGACGAACGAGAAUCCAAGUGCAACGUCAAGUGCUCGGAAGCCGGGAUUGUGACGACCGCCUGUGAGCAAGGAUGUCGGGCGGUGCUCGUUUCGUUUUUGGCUCAAGCCCAGACACUUCUCGUCCAAACACACGUCAACAUGGAAGUGCUGGAGACGGCGAUGAAGUUGAAGUGGGAGUUCCCGGACGCUCUCGCAGAAGAUCUCAAGGAAAUAGCGACCGCCGACAUCUUCUGGUUCUGCCAAACGCGUCCACUGAACGGCGUGCUCGGCUGGAGAUGGACUUCCCUUCCGCACGGAUCCUUCCGCAACUCCUCGUUGUCUUCGGAGGUGCACGUUCCGUUCGAGCACGGAGAACACGUGGAAGUGCGUCUGGCGCUCUCCUACCGUAGUCAGGUCCUCGUUUCUCGGACGACCACCUACCAUUUACCACUUGCAAAGGCGGGCACAAGUCUGGAAGUGAUCGGCCAGUUGCAGCUUUCCGAUGAUCGAGUGGCGGUCUGCUACAAGACAAAUCAGCCUACGGUACGCCGUUUCAAUGUCGAAUAAUAUUCUGAAAGGUUACAGCCCAAAUUCAAAUUGACCGUGAUGACAUUGGACGACAAUACAAUCAACACGGAGGAGUCCAUCUCGAGAUGCCAUUUAUUCUCGAACCUUCCCAAAGACAACUGCUGCAAAGCCACCAUUUCGGCCAUUGACGAGCACGGAGCGACCACUGCCUUCGUGGAGAUUCCUCUGGAUUUCUUUGUGAAUCAGGGUGAGUUCACGCUCCGAAUAGGCCUGAAAUCAUUUCCAUUUCAGUGGAAGUGGAACUCAUUUCCGCUGCCUCCUCCCGUCUCAUCUUCUCAAACGGAUCUCAUUUGCUCGAGAGCGAAGAGCUCGAUCAGUAUGCUCUGGCCGAUGCGGCUACCGUAAUCCCGUUCCCUCUUCCAACCGAAGACGCAAUCACCGCAAUCGCCGGAAUAUGCGACAACACUCUAGCAAUCGGAAGCUCCAAAGGAUCCCUCUGGACGUUCCAAAUGUCUGCGAAUCAGACCGAUGAAGAUCAGCCGUCUACAGUAAUCCAACUGAAGACUGUGGGCGAGAUGGACACGAAGAUCACUCAAAUCGAGAUAGAUCACAUCCAGCGCACACUCUACGCUGUCCAACACGACAAAGGGAUACUGAGGUGCAAACUGAGGACGAUGGAGUCGGAAGAGACUCCGAAUUGUGUGCUCAUUGUGCACAAUGACGCGUUGAAUCCGCCCAAAGAGAUAACGAUUGAUCCCGUGAAUGGGUAAGAUUAGUGUUGGAAAGAAAACGAUCACUGAUUGGGAUUUAGUCACAUGUACUCUCUGCACGUGGACAACAAAGUGUACAGAACCGAAAUGAUUGCAUUCAACGCCACCGGAAUAGAGACUGUGGCCAGUGUUCAAUACCUCAAAGGUCAGAGAAAGUUGUCAUUAAAACUAAGGAAGAUCUUUGCAGAUAUGUCACCAUCAAACGGAAUUUUCUUCGAUAUUUCCAAGUUUCUGCUCUACUCAGCCCUUCAAAAUGGCACCAUGAUGACUCUGAACCCAGUAACGGACCAGCCGCACAUCUUCCGAGAGUCCGGUUAUUCGGAUGUGCAGCACUUUCGGAUAAAAAGCGAUUUGAUCUACUGGACGAAGGGAAAGUGUGGCGAGACGGAGGCCGACGAGAACUGCAUUUUCACAGAGACACUGCAAAGGGCGAGGAGAACAUUCCGAACAAGUAAGCGCCGCCUUAUCUUUCCGUCUCUAUUCUCUCUGCUCACUCCUAUCACUGCUCCCAAGCGGCUCAUUCAGAGAGCGGUGAGAUGGCCGAGUGGUCUAAGGCGCUGGUUUUAGGCACCAGUCCCUCCGGGGGCGUGGGUUCGAAUCCCACUCUCAUCAAUCCGUUUUGAACUUUGCAGAUUCACCUACUCGAGUGCGCUCAUGUCCUACGGCUUCUUGGAAGAGAUCCUUCUGAAGCCACGCAUCCCUCCUGUCGCGUCUAUCGCACUCCUAGUCUCCGACAAGGCCGGAGUAGUGUCUUGGAGCGAGACGAGUACUCUUCCGUUCCAAGCACAAGGAAGUUUUUGGAGAAACACCACCUACUUUCUGAAAAUAACUGCACCAGAAGUUGCUGAUUUUUCUCCAAAAGAGAUUUACACUACCAACAACAAUGUGGCAAGUUAUUCUUCUUUUUCAGAAAAAAAACAAUAUUUAAAAGAUCAUUUUUUAGAGAAUCGACAUAUCACCCGGAAAACAGUACAAUGUGCAGGUGCAAGUGUGCAGCGAAGACUUCUGCUCUUCCCCAACUUCCACUUCCAACACGGCUUUCCCGGAUUUAGAGAACAGUAACUUUGCGAAAUUAUGUUUCCGGCCCAGUUUCUACAUUUCAGCAAUCCCAUUCAUCUUCACAAAGAAGCAGGCAGACGACGUCGUCUCCGUUGACAUGUUGGGGGAUGUGGUGGCGACGGACGAAACGGUCAGAAGCCUCGAUAAGAUGCAAUAUCCGCACGUACUGGAUAACACCACCAAGACUGUCUACUUGGCCGGAGACCAUUCCGUAAGUUGUGCAUUUCUGAGGCCUCCAACACUUUCACUUUCUUUUUCUUCAGAUGGGAAUAUUCAAAAAAGAUCUGGAUGACGUGUCUGGCACUCCAAAGCCAUUCAAAGACGGCCUUUUCGUGGAAAUGAUGUCUAUUAUGCCGUCCCGAUCCACGAUUCUCAUUGCCUCCUCGUACAAAAUCGUCUCUUACAGACUUCCCACAACGUUCGAUUACGAGUAAAUUGUCGAGUGCCAACGAAGACUCUCUUUUUUCUGUCAUUCAGAUACUAUUCGUGCGAAGAGCCGCUCGAAGAUUGUGCAGAAGUGAUGGGAAUUUCGAGUGACGACACAACUGGCAUGGUCUAUUUUCUGACGCAGGCGAGAAACGGAACUGUCAAUCUGUGGGAGUCGGAGGCGGAUAACCGAGAGCCGAGGAGUAUUGCGAGUGCCGCUUCAAUUGUACCGUUAGUUCAAUUGCCUCUGGUCCUUUGAUAGUGUUCGUUCAGAUUCCGUCGAUUCUUGAUCGUGCACGAUAAAAUGAUUCUGGUCGCCAAGACCAAUCACAUUGUUCAAAUCGACAAAGACUUGGAAGUGUCGAAUGUGGCGUCGGAGCUGGAGAGAGUGGAUCGGAUCCUUCCCCUUCGGUACACUGCCAUCUCGCACAAGAUCGAGUUCACGGACGAGAUUAAGUUUGCGGAAGGCAGUAAAACCGACCUGCAAUGGACAGUUUCGCCUCCUUCCGAAGCGGGAACGGUACUCUUCAAAGUGUCCAUCUACCGAGACAAAAUGGGAGUCGAUGCGCCGAUAAUUGCGAUGCAAAGUGACACGAACUUCACAAUUCCAUCGGAAGUACUGGAGGCGUGGAGCAGUGCGCAACGCUUCGACGUCUCCAUCCAAGCGAUCACUCCGUGGGCCUCGGCGGUCUUGAACAGAACCGGUCUGACGGCUCCAGUCAAGCCGCCGACUCCGCCCACACAGCUCGGAAUCUACGCGACCCAACAGAAGACUGUGGAUGGUCCCCGAGCGCUCAUCUCUUUCUUCUGGGCACCGCCGGCGGAAUGGAAUGGCACGCCUUAUCAAUACAUUGUCAACUGCACGAAAGACGACGGUAGUUGGAUCGGAGGACCGGUCACCACCUCUCAGUCGCACUACUCGUUCGCCGUGAAAUCGGGAAAAGUGUCCUGCCAGGCGGCCGCCGCGAACGAACCCACGAACAUCGGAGCGUUUUCCGAAUUGAUCACCAUCGACAGUUCGGGUAGGUUAUCUGUGAAUGCAUCGAGUGCCAGUCAAGCAAGUGUUCAGAACUGAAACCUCUUGUGAAACUGUUCGCAAUCGAUUCCACCAACUCGCUCAUUUCGAUCAACGAUCUGGCACACGAAGAGCCGAGAAGAGAGACGAGACAAGUGGCACUGCCGCUGAGAGUAAGUGUUUAGAUACGAAGCGAUGAUUGCUCAAUUUGCUCUUCAGUUGGAAUAUCAAGCCAUGGCGUUCAUCGGAGAAGACUUGUACGCCGUGAGAAAGGAAGGAGAUUCAGCCGCUCAGCCGGUUUUGGUUCAAAUUGACACGAAUCACAUUGAUAACACGGUUCAUAAAGUGGGAACUCCAUUUUCGUUCUGUUCCAAGUGGACAGUCGAAUUGUUGCAGGUUUCGAUCGGCGGCGACGUGACGAGAAUCGAUGCGAUGACGUCCGAUUGGGUCGGCAACCGUCUGAUCUUCGUCGCGGGCACCAAUCUUUAUCAGUUGUCUUUGGAGCCAUUUCUAUCCACUUCUCUUCUGAAUCCACAGAAACUCAUUCAACUGACGGCGGCGACAGAUGCGAAACAACUGACUUAUGACCCGUUUAUGAAGUAGGAAAGGUAGAAGUUGGCGGAUAGAAAUUUCAUCGUUUUUCUUUCAGCACAGCCUAUCUGCUCACAAAGAACGGAUCGCUGUUUGCCCUCGAUUUGAACAAGAAGACAGAAGAGAACCUCGCCCUGACCGUUUCUUGUUUGGCCAGUCAAACAGUCACUUGGAUGAUGACCGAGUUCGCAUGGAAUCGAGCAUCCUCUCCGAAGAUCUACGCCCUGACCUGGAACGGACUGAUAUACGUGGAUCUGGCCGAAGACUUUCAGUGCAACGAGGUCCGAAUCGACUGGGCAAAGUUCGGAGAGAAGGGUCUCAAGUCAAUCUCCUCUUUUGCUAUCGCCGAUAAACUAUUCGCCUUCGUGACAUCGUCGGAAAUGCUCAUCUACGGAAGGGAUACGGUCACUCCUAUUCCGAUCGCCAACCCUCCGCUCAAACAGAUUCUGGCCGUCAGUCAGAGCAGUCAACCGUACCCGGACAGGUCUUGUUUCGAGCUUCCCUCCUCCAAAGGAAUCGUAUUCUCGAUUGUGAACGAAGGAAAGACGGGCGCUCUUCUGGAGGUCACCAAGAGUUCGUCGUCGUCCGCUUGUCAAGACGUGAGCAUGCCACAGACUCAGUACGAAAUAUACUUCGCUCGAAAGAACACGGACAAAGUGAAACAUGUGCGAAGUUUCUCCGAUCGAAUCCACGUGGAGAAUGGGAUUCUCGACAAGGAGACGGACUACGACGUCACUGUGACGUGGCUGAACAGAUAUUCGCCGGCGAGUGGCGUCUCUGCUUCGAAAUCAUUUCGCACUGGCUUCGGAUAUCCCUCCGCUCCCCGGGAUCCUCACGCCAUUCCGGUCACUCCCGACACCGUCUAUCUCUAUUGGAGUUUGCCCGAAACUCUGAAUGCUCCGAUCUCAGAAAUCAAGUACAAGAUCUCGCAGCAGGCGGCCGGAAUUGCAGUGCCCACUUCGAUUGCAGUCAUUCCACUGUCAGAGACUGUCUCCUCGAACGUUUCUUCCGAUACUGCGGCCUGUCUCAUUAAUCCGUGUCGGGUGAAGAUUGCCAAUUUGAGGCCCUCAAACGAGUACAAGUUCUGGGUGACAGCCACUCACAUCUCGCAUCUGGACGCGACCACAAUCCUCAAGGACGACGACGCCGUCUCUCCAGAAGCUAGUGCUCGUACCUUGGACGUGCCCGGCACACUCCGACCUGACAACGUGACCGGCUCUUCUCUGCUGCUACGAUGGAAUGGUCUGCAGCCGGAGCAUCGUCCAAGUUCCAUUGCGAUCCAGUACAAAGAGACGGGCAGCGUGAACAACGAGUGGCAGACGCCAUCGAAUGCCACGUUCGAGCCGGAUGUGGUCACCGAACUCAUACUCGUUGGCAAUCUUCUGUCCGCCACGUCGUACGACUAUCGAUUCGUGGCCACUUACACCGGCACCUAUAUCAUUGACGGAAAAGUGCUGGCGUUCAAGGAAGACUACCUGCAACUGACGCAGCAAGUGCGGACGAAGGCAGGAGUUCCGACGGCUCCGCAAUGUGUUGAAGCGCGGCAGGACGAGGAGGGUUGGAUUGUGACGUGGAAAGAGCCGAUGAGCGACGGAGGGUCCCCGAUCACGAGCUACGCCGUCGAGACGAGAAUCAACAAGACGGCCGAGUGGGAGAUUGCCGAACGGGGACUGGACGGAUGGAAGACGUGGUGGAGGCCCGGAAAGUCGGAGAGCUCUUCCAGUCCGUCGUCCUCUUCGAUGGAAGUGUCCGAGUUUCGGAUAAGAGCAGCGAACAUCGAAGGGUUCGGAGCGUACGCGUACACGGAGGAAAAGAAGGAAGAGAAGGAGGAAGAGCCGAGUGCAGUCCUCCCGUAUCUCUUGUUCCUCUCCAUCUUCCUGCUCAUUGCUGCUAUGCUCUUGGUCGCAUGCUUUUGGUGUAAGUUUGGCGGCCGUUUGAACGUUCAGAAGUAGCCAGCCAAUUCAGUGAAAUCUCGUCGCCGACAACAGCUGAAGAAGCGAGAAGCUGAGGACGAACGGAACUGCAUCAGUCUGGACGUCGUGGCGAAUCUCGACUUCUCCUCUCAACAGACCCUUCCUCCAGAGUACAACAGUGAGCUCAGAAGUGGGAAAGACUGUCUCCGAUGACUCUUCCCGAUGAUAUGUCUUUGUAGACUUGCCCAUUAUCAGUAAAGACGACGUGACGUUCGGAGCACGACUCAGUUUGUGCUCUUACGGAUUCGUGCACGAUGGGAUCGCCGAAGAAGUGCCUCUGAGCUGGGAGAAGAAAGUGAGAGUGGCGAUCAAGAGUCUGAAGUCGGAUCCGACGUUCCAGGACAGAAUGAUGUUCAUGAAAGAGGCGAUCCUUUUGAAGUAUUUCAUCACUUUUUGACUUUUCCUUCUCAACUUCAGUUUCAGCAACUUGGAUCAUCCGAAUAUCGUAAAAGAGCUGGGAGUGUGUCUCACUCCGGGCAAAGAGUUUUUAUUGUUGGAAUUCAUGGAAGGAGGCAAUCUGCUCACUUUCCUCAAGGCUUCGUAAGUUCUAAUUCUUCUCAUCACACUCAAAACUAUAAAUUUUCAUUUUUUAGAGUGCCCACCGAAAACCAGUGCUCCGAUUUGUGUUUGCGAGACCUGCUGGCCAUCUCCGUUGACAUUGCCCGCGGCAUGAACUACCUCGAGAGGUAAGUGAGAGAGCGCUGUUAUCUAUGCACUGGUGACCCUCUCGGCCCGUGCUUCCGUAGCGCAGUAGGCAGCGCGUCAGUCUCAUAAUCUGAAGGUCGUGAGUUCGAGCCUCACCGGGAGCAAUUUUUUUUUUUGCAGACUUCCACACGUUCACAAAAACCUUUCGGCUAGAAAGUGUCUCCUGGUUGGCCGACCUGGAGUCGCAAAACUUGAGAUGGGAACGGCACGAGAGUUGAGCAAUGGUGCCAUGAAUCGAGCGGAUUUGGAUAACUCGGAUAAUGUUCGAUGGAUGGCGCCUGAGAUUCUGAAGGACUUCCAAUUCACUUCCAAGAGUGACGUGUGGGCGUUCGGUGUUCUCCUCCACGAGGUGUUCUCUUUGGGAGAAUCUCCGUACGGAGAUACGGAAAACCGAAAGAUAAUAACGGAUGUUCGGAACGGAAGAGUCCUUCCGAAACCAGUUUAUUGUCCGGAUCGACUCUACAAACUGAUGCAGCAAUGUUGGGCGUUCGACAUGUCGAAAAGACCGAACUUUGCCACAAUUCUCAAAAUUUUUGAGUCUUUCCGUGAAAGACUAGAAUUCCAGGUAUUUCCGAUUUUUAGGCUUCCAAAGUGAUUAUCAAAAAUGUGCAGGAUGAUAAACGACUCCAGUAUCAAGAUGGAACUUGCAAUGUAAACUUUGACAUUUCCCAUGACAGCACGUCCAGUGAAAGAGGCGGAGACUUCAGAGAACCACCCUCUCCUUCCCACUUGAACAAGAGUUUCGGAGGUUUCGAACAUCCUUACGGUAGCAUCAGGCACCCAGAAGUACAAAACAAAAUGAGAUUUUUAAGAGGGCGACCGACCCGCUGCCAUGUGGAAUCCGACGGGCGGCAGGAAUUCCGCAAAGACAAGUCUUGGGCGAUCGCUUCGAAAGGAAAAGUUCCGGAACGCAGUGCAUUCUCUCGAUGAUUUGGCGGCGAGGAGUCAGCGUCCGUUGAGCGUCAACUCUACAGACACAGCUUCGACGGAAUACGGCGGAGGUGAGGCUACUAUGAUGUCGCCAUCAUUUUCUUUUUGAAAAACUACACGCAUUCACCUUUUUCUGCGAUUUUUUUAUCCAAAAAACACGUUAGUUGCGAAUGCCUUCCCGAUUAAGCCCCGCCCACCCCGCACGCAAAACUUAGCGGGCGGCGGAACCCGCGAGACGUCGGCUGCUGCGCGCAAUCACCUCUCGGCCGCGUCAUAGAAGCGGUAAGGCCAGUGAAGACAUGAAUUACCGUCUGAUGACUAGUGACGCUACUUAAGGCUGUAAACCAGAGGCCGACACACAAAUUUUUUGGGAAUUCUGAAUUUAAUUUCAGCCUCAUCAGCAAUGCAUUCGCCGAGUUCGUCGAACCGCGCUCCAAGUCAUUACGAAGUGCCGAUGAGCCGUUUGAGUGCGGCUCCGGCUAUUGGAAUUGUGAACGACGGCUUCGAGAGCAGCAACCAUCGUUGA